AAUGCCCGAUCAAAUGAGAACGAGGCGCCGCUGGUCUCUCUUGACUUGACAGCGGCCAGCCGGGCAGUCCUCGUCGAAUCGAAACUCCUCUUGACCUCAGCAUCUAGUAGACGAUAUCAUGUCAUGCUUCAUCGAAGAUCGUUCAGCAGCAACCGACUAAAGCCACCACGCCAGGAGCUCUCUCCCUCGUCGUGAUUUCGAAACUAUUCUCUAGUACGCACCGCCAUGAGAUAUAUCCGUUAGGCCCGCAAUACCCACUGCCGGGAUCCCACACUAGUCUAGCACGAUGACGAGGUGGUCGCUCCGAGUGUCUCUCAAUGCCCUCCUGAUUCUAGCUCUUCUGGAAAUUGCCGCGUACGCGGCAGCAGUGACGGCUAAGAAAGCAGGCCGGCGCCCGCCGCCUCCUAAUCUGAAGCCGUCGUCCGAGAUCCUACCCAUGUGCAGAUUUUCUGGUGCGGUCAAUCUGACGGUUUCGAAGAAGUUCGUCGGGACCACUUGGCGAGGGUGGGGCACUUCGCUCGCUUGGUUUGCGAAUUACGUUGGCGGCUUGCCACAGAAGAAUAUGAAUGAAAUGCUCGACCUCCUUUUCGCGAAAGACGGCCUGAAUUUCAAUAUUGUUCGCUACAACAUAGGAGGCGGGAACAACAAGAAACGGAGCCCGCAGUUCUAUAAGCAGAAGCACACAGAUUGGCGGGGAAUGCCGGGUUUCAAGCCGACUGAGGAGGGGCCGUACGAUUGGAGCGCGGACCAACGGCAGCGGAACGUGCUGCUGGGAGCGAAGGAGAGAGGCGCAAAUGUGUUCGAGGCGUUUUCCAACAGCCCGCCCUGGUGGAUGACCAAAUCUGGUGACGUGGCUGGCCCGCCGCUAAUAGGCCAAUCCAAUCUCAAGCAAGAGUACGAGAGCGCUUUCGCAGACUACCUGACGGCCGUCGUGGGACAAUUCGCGAAAAAGUGGGGCGUUACUUUUGAUUCGCUGGAGCCGUUUAACGAAGCGUUGGAGGGGUUUUGGCAGCAGGGAAAUGAAAACGAGGGGUGCUCGUUUGACGCGCCAGCAAUGGGCCGCAUCAUCAAGUACACUUCAGACUCGUUAAAGAAGAAGGGGCUUAAAACGAAGCUGGUAGGGGCCGACAGCUGGUCUUCCUCGACUGCGAAGCUGGCUCAGGUGGCCAACCAUCAGCUACUAUCGCGGAUAAAUGUUCACUCAUACAUGAACGACUAUGGCGGCAGCGACGUCGCGAAUACCUACGAAGCCCAAUUCGGGAGCGUUCGCGAAACGGCGAAGCAGCUCGGGAAAGACGUCUGGGUCAGCGAAGCAGGACCGCUCGGAAAAAGCGGCAACGACUGGGACGUUUCACUGUACAUGGCGCGAAACGUUAUCGAGACCGUCAAUAUCAUGGAGGCAUCGGCGUACGUGUAUUGGCAAGCGUACGAUCUAAGCACCGGCUGGACACUGAUAGACUUCCCCCCGAAUUACAAGGCCGGAUCCAAUGGCGCCAUGAAAACACCGAAGCCCAACCAGAGGUUUUGGAUCUUCAAGCAUUUCGCCAUGCUUGCCGAACCUGGAUCCAAGCCGCUCAAGGUAGGUUCGGACUGCUCGCACGGCAUGAGCGCGUUCUACAGCCCGGGCGAAAAUCGGGUUACCGUCUUCCUGUUGAAUCAGCAGGCUAAGGAGCGGCGAGUGACGAUUAAUCUCCAAGGGUUCAGAAGAAAUGUGGGUGGAAGCACGCGAGUGGUCGUGAGGAGAACGUCUCAUGUGACGAAUCUAGGAAAGAAGGUCUUCACACGUUUUGGCGGGAAAGCUGCAGUGACAGUUUGGGGACAAUCCUUCGUUUCGGUCACGUUCACCAACCUGUCCGACUAGGGGCUAAAGAAUGGCUACACUUGCUAAAUAGUGAAUAGGUUGCUUCACUAGUUGCACUUCCCUACUUACCAUGUGAUGUGUUAGCUUCAAUGCUUGAUUUGAUUUAAAAACUCCUAUGGCUGUAAUAC